UAUCCGUCUCGGCAUUCUCGAGGAUGCCAACAACCGCGGCCGCCUCGCGAAGCUGCUGCGUUACACAUCCACAAAGAGUAACGGCACCCUUGUUAGCCUGCAGGAGUACACAGACCGCAUGAAGCCAGAACAGAAGCACAUUUACUUCCUCACAGGUGACUCGGUUAAGAAGAUGAGGCAGUCGCCGCACAUUGAAGAGGCGCUGGAGCGUGACGUGGAGGUUCUUUUCAUGACGGAUGCUAUUGAUGAGUACGUCGUCUCUCAGGUGCAAGACUUCGGCAACAAACGGCUUAUUAACCUCGCAAAAGACAACGCGCGCCUUGACGAGCCGACGGAGAGGGACAAGGCCAUUGAAAAGGAGCGCAAGAAGAAAUAUGAGCCCCUCACCGAACGCCUUUUGACUCUGUUUGGAAAAAGCCAAGUGCGGAAGGUCAUUCUGACAAGACGACAGAGCUCGGAGGCUUUUAUUUUGUCUACGCAGGAGAACGACAUGACACCUCGCAUGGUGAACGUCAUGAAUCAACAGGCAAUCUCUUCCCUCCACACGAUGCGAUACUCCCGCGUGCUGGAACUUAACCACCGCCAUCCACUUGUGCGGGAUCUUCUGACACGAUUUGAGGCGGACGCAAACGACCAGACUGCUAUUGACGUGGCAUGGGUUCUUUUCGGCACGGCCAACCUGCAGGCGGGAUUCCCCGUCUCGAAUCAGGCCAUGUACGCUAAGCGCGUGAACCGUCUGCUGAGGGGCCGCGUGGGUCUUGCGGCCGAUGACACGAUCUUGCCCCCAGACGACGACGAGUACGACAUCUCAGACGUCAAGCCCGAUACCACCGGCACCGACGAAGGACUGUUGCUUCCGGUGGACAACGACGGGGAUGAAUCGUCUGACAAGGAAGACGCGGAGCCAACCGCGGCAGAAACGAAACCAACAAAAACGGAGGAUGACGCGGGUGAUCUGUAA